AUGCCUAAUGGGCAGCCUGAUGUGCCCGAUGGUCUAAUUCAACUCUUGCAAGACUUCACGGUCGCUAUUCUUCGAAACAAACCCGAGAAUAUUCCACUUUUUGCAGUUGAAUACUUCACCCAGAUGGCAAACAGGGAAAGCAGUGUCCAACCUAAAAUCUCUUUAACAGCAGACGCCAGUCAGGAUGAGGCACCGGACGAAACCGACAUGAUGGAUGACGACUUUGCUGAACGAAUGUUCAACAUGGCAGCAAAACAGUCUUCUAAUAGACGAGCUAGUGUUGCUGCGGAAAGGUUUAAUCCAGAUGACGAUGAUGAUGAUGAUUCAACCAUCGGACGAAAAACUAGCUUUCAUGAAAAAACUCCAGACCAGAUACAACGUCUCAGGGAUGUUUGCAAAAAAAUAGUCCUCUUUAGUGAACUCGAUGAUAAGGAACUCACGGAUGUUAUAAAUGCAAUGUUUAUGAAGAAAGCAGAGCCUGGUGAGAACGUAAUUGAGCAAUAUGACAAUGGCGACAACUUUUAUGUCAUUGAUUCGGGCAAGUUUGAGGCAAAAAUUGAUGUUGAAGGAGGAGGUACAAAGGUAGUGAAGGAGUAUGACGGGGAAGGAUUUUUCGGUGAACUAGCACUUAUGUAUAACGCUCCUCGAAGUGCAACAGUCACUGCUGUUACGGAGGGCAUACUCUGGGCUUUGAGUCGUCAAUCCUUUAGGAAACUCGUACUUGGUCAUGCUGCCAGACGCAGACGUGCCUUCGUAGAGUUGUUGCAUUCGGUUCGUAUCCUUCAAGACCUAACGCCUUAUCAACGAAUGUCGUUGGCCGAUAACCUGCAGCGCAAAACAGUUGCCAGCGGAGACAUUAUCAUUCGCGAGGGGGAUCCGGGCGAGGCGAUAUUUUUUGUUAUGGAUGGAAUAGUCCGUGUUACAAAGCAAGAUGGAGGUCAGGAGAAAGAAAUUACGAGGAUCGAAAAGGGUGGAUACUUUGGAGAACUGGCUUUACUAAGCAACAAGCCGCGAGCCGCCAGUGUGUAUGCAGACACUGAUGUUACAUUGGCCGUGCUGGGUGUUGAAAGUUUUGAGCGGCUCUUGGGUCCUUGUAUCAGUCUCAUGCAGAGAAAAGCGUCAGUAUACAAGCGUCUCGCGGAUGGAACCUGA